AUGGUUAAAAUGGCCUCAACCGAAGAGCAAGAUAGGAAAAUAGUACUGGAGUUCUGCCACCUGUUGGAGAAGUCGAAGCAGCUGUUCAACGGCCUGCGCGAUCUUCCACAGUACGGACACCGGCAGUGGCAGGCGUACUUUGGGCGCACCUUCGACGUGUACACGAAGCUGUGGAAGUUCCAGCAGCAACAUAGAUUAGUUCUAGAUUCUAAGUACGGUUUAAAGCGAUGGCAAAUCGGUGAAAUAGCUAGUAAAAUCGGACAACUCUACUAUCAUUACUAUCUUAGGACGAGUGAAACAAAUUAUCUAAAUGAGGCAUAUUCGUUUUAUGCCGCGAUCAGGGGACGUGCGUACUACUCCCGAGCAAUCAAGGAAGACCGACCGGAUCUGAUGGUUAAGAAAUUACGUUACUAUGCUAGAUUUAUUGUUGUUUGUUUACUGUUGAAAAAGAUGAAGUUAGUGAGAGAACUAGUAAUGGAGUUAGAGCGGCAGAUACAAGAGUACACGACGACGUACGAGCCGGAGGAUCAACUGGAGUGGUCGCUGGUGCUGGACGAAAUCAAGGGAUUCAUCAAGGCGGAAGCGGCCGUUGCGGUGCUGCACGCCGACUCGAACCCGAUCAUUCUGUCGCACAGGUUAAGUCCCCUGACGACGCCGCCGUGCGAGCGGACGCCGCACAUGACGCUCAGCCUGCAGGAGAUACUGAUUGUGGGGUCCGCCUGCGAGCAGGCCAAGUUUUCCGAGCUCACGAUGGAUAUGUUUAGAAUGUUACAAACCUUGGAACGGGAGCCAACGGAAACGAUACAUCCCCUAACAGGACAUCCGAUGAGUACGCAUGGCGGUCCUCACGAUGCCAGUCCUGCCGCCAGUAGAAUGCCACCGUAUGGUGUACCAGGGUCCAAAGGAUACGUGGAGAACGGAGAUCGUCGCGGAAUGCGUGAUAACCCUCACAAGUAUCUGCUCUACAAACCGUCGCUCAGUCAACUGAUGGUGUUUCUAUCGAGUGGAUUUAAAGAACUGCCCCCAGGAGGUGCCCUACUGCUAUACAUGUCUGCCGAUGGGUGUUUCUCGACUACGAAACAUCCGCAAGAUUAUGGUUACGAGCUGGGAGGAUUAGCAACAAGUGUUAAACGUGAUGCGGUCGAAGGAGGACUUGCGGUACGGGGAAAAUCCAGCGCAGGUUACAAAGAACCACACUGUCUCUAUCCGGGAGAUUUGUAUCCAUACACUCGUAGACCGUUGUUCAUAAUAAUCGACUCGGAUAAUUCGUUUGUGUUCCAGCACAUACCAAGAUACUUUGGUCAACCACUUGUGAUAUUGAUGUCACCGCAAGACGUUCCGGCGAAUUUUCAAGAUAUGCAACAUCAUGGUUCCCUGUUUACUUUAUUCCUGCAUUCACCGAUGACGGCUUUAUGCUACAUUUGUAAUGUUGGCGAUGUUCCCAUCCAUCAUUGGGAACGGUGUCAGAACUAUGUUGAUCGGUUUGUGACGGAGGCUUCUCGGCUUGUUACCCGUUGUCGGAUGGAUGAAAUUGAACAGGGAAUCGGUUACAUAGAUUCGUCUUACGUGCAAUUCUUUGGGGACGAUUUCCUACGCACGCUGAUUCUUCGAUUUGUGUUCUGUGACGUCACGUUGCGGUUGCAUCGCGGUUUCCGCGGUAGACAUCAGCGACCACGUUGUGAACCACCACUGCCGGCUGCGGAACUGUUGGAACAUCCAUCGUUAGGCCACAUCAUACUGCAACUGGCGUCAGCGUUAGACGUCAGAGGUCAUUUCGUCGAGGGUCCGGAAGGCGAUUGA